AUGGCUUCGCCUCCACCCAUAGGAUCUGAGCCGGCGACAGAAGCUCCAACACCAGCUGCCUUACCAGUAACGCUAGAAGCCGACGAUCCGGAAGCUUUAAUCGACGAUGGCGAUUCAGCCCUUGGAUCCGAACCAGGAAGUUCCACAACCUCACUCGCAUCAAGUAUUACUAGAUAUCGCAUUGAGAAUGGACGUACAUAUCAUGCUUACAAAGAUGGAAAGUACGCAUAUCCUAAUGAUGAUAUGGAGCAAGAAAGAUUAGAUUUACAACAUCAUAUAUGUAGCCUUACAUUUGAUGGUAAACUAUUCACGGCACCAAUUGAGGCAGAUAAGAUUGAGAGGGUUUUGGAUGUAGGUUGUGGAACGGGAAUUUGGACAACUGAUUUUGCGGAUGAGUAUCCCCAAGCUACGGUUUUGGGAAUUGAUUUAAGUCCUAUUCAACCAAUGUUUACACCUCCAAAUGCAAUAUUUCAAGUAGAUGAUUUGGAAGAGGAAUGGACUUUUGAGGAUAGUGAUGCGUUUGAUUUUAUCUAUGCGAGAAUGAUGACGGGAAGUAUUGGGGAUUGGGAUCGAUUCUUUGAACAAGCUUGGAAUAACCUGAAACCAGGUGGAUACAUUGAACUUCUAGAUAUCCGACUCCCUGUCUCCUGCGCAGAUGAUACACUUAAGCCCGAUUCAGCGCUUCUUAAAUGGUCACAAUUACUUUUAGAAGGAAGUGUUAUAGCAGGCAGAGAUCUAGACAGUGCAACUAGGAGUAAAGAGAAGUUGGAAAAGAGAGGGUUUCAGGGGGUUAGUGAGACGAUUUAUAAAUGGCCAGGAAACAAGUGGCCGAAAGAUGCUAAAGCUAAGGAGUUGGGAAUGUGGAAUCAAGAAAAUCUCACAUCCGGACUUAUGGGACUGAGUGUAGCCAUAUUCACGAGGCUAUUAGGAUGGAGUGUAGAUGAACUAGAGAUAUUCUUGGUGGAUGUUAGGAGAGAGAUGAAGGAUACGUCAAUUCAUGCUUAUUGGGAAAUAUAUGUGCAUUAUGGGCAGAAGCCUUUAGAUGCUUAG